CAUUACACGUGUGUCUGUAUCUUUAACAACUAGUAGUAGUACAUUUUAAAUACGAAAACAGUGUUUCGUAACUAAUCGGUACUUAUUUAAAGUAACCUAAAAGAUUUUGAAAUAAGUAUAUUUUUAAUAAAUUAUAUUUUAAACUGCUACGUAAAAUUUUAAACAGCUGUAGAUUAAAACGUUAACUUCGAUCUGAACGAAAUCAAUUUCCGGAUACUCAAAGAUAAUGUGUGGAAUUUGGGCAACAUUUGGAACUGACGGUGGCCUGAGUGCUACUUGCCUGAAAUGUUUUUCUGCAAUAGUACACCGCGGACCAGACGCAUGGCGAAUAGAACAAGAUGCAAGAGAAUCACUCAUUACACUUGGAUUCCAAAGGCUCGCUAUUGUUGAUGGUCUACAUGGUAUGCAGCCUAUGCGAUUACAUCGCUACCCUCGAUUAACCCUCAUCUGUAACGGCGAAAUAUACAACUGUAAACGACUUCAAGAUCAAUACAAUUUCCCAUAUGAAACAAACUGCGACGUCGAGGCAAUUAUUCACUGUUACGAGAACUUUGGCAUUACCGAUGCCGUUAAAAAACUGGACGGUGUGUUCGCUUUUUGCUUAGUCGAUGGAGAAAAAAGAAAAAUUUUCAUUGCUAGGGAUCCAUACGGCGUCAGACCACUAUUUAAGUUACAAGACAAUGAAAACGGUUUUAUGGCUAUUUGUUCGGAAGCCAAAGGUUUGAUUGGAUUAAAACAAAAGGCAAGCGAAACUUUCAGUUUAGGGCAAUUUCGUCCAGGACAUUUAGAAGAAUGGGAUAUAUUGGAGGGAGGUAAAGUGAAACUUAACAAAACGGAACAGUAUUUUACGCCUGGUACUCCUCCUCGCUUUGUACCAUUCGUAUCUGAAAAAGAAAUCUCAGAGUUAAGUAUUUAUGAAAAAACUGCUUAUUUAUUAGAAGCAGCUUGUAAGAAAAGAUUAAUGUCUGAUAGACGUAUAGGAUGUCUUCUUAGUGGAGGUUUAGAUUCUUCACUUAUUACUGCUUUAGUAGUAAAGUUAGCCAAAAUACACAAGCUGCCAUAUAAAAUACAAACAUUUGCGAUAGGCAUGGGAGAUUCUCCUGAUCUUAUUGCUGCACGCACAGUUGCAGAACACCUUGGAACUGAACACCAUGAAGUCAAAUUUGAUGAAAAUAAUGUAAAACACGAAUUAGAUAAUGUUAUAUAUCAUUUAGAAUCUUAUGACAUAACAACAAUACGAGCUAGCUUACCGAUGUAUCUUCUCGCAAAGUAUAUUAAAGAAAACACUGAUACGACUGUCGUAUUUAGUGGUGAAGGUGCAGAUGAAGUCGCUCAAGGUUAUAUUUACUUUAGAGACGCUCCAGAUGCUAAAGCUGCUCAUGAUGAAAGUAUACGUCUACUUUCAGAUAUAUAUUUAUACGACGGAUUAAGAGCAGAUAGAACAACAAGUGCAUUUAGUUUGGAACUCCGAGUACCAUUCUUAGAUAUUCAAUUUACUAACCAUUAUCUUAAUAUCGAACCUUCGUUACGCCAACCACAAAACGGUGUUGAAAAGCAUUUACUGCGUAACAGUUUUGCCAACAGCGGCCUGUUACCUGACUCAAUUUUAUUUAGGCACAAAGAGGCAUUUAGUGACGGCGUCGCUUCUGUGAAAAAGUCCUUAUUCACAACGAUUGAUGAAAUUAUUAAAGAAAGAUUACCAAAAGAAAUUCCUUGCUAUCCCGGAGUGCAACCCAAUACUUCUGAAUCAAAAUAUUACCGAUACAUAUUUGAAAAGUCUUUUACGGACCAACAUAACUUUACACCAUAUUACUGGAUGCCCAAAUGGGUGCAAGUGUCGGAUCCAUCAGCAAGAUUUAUCAAGCAUUAUGCAGCUUCGUAACAAUAUUAUAUAAAUAUUUCAGCUUAAUAUAGUUGCUGUACUAAUAUAUAAUUAUAUCUAAAUGUAGGUAUAACAUUUAUUUGAGUGUGAAAUUUAAUUAAUUUUCAAAUAUAUAAUUUAUCCUGUU